AUGCCUGCAGCGCAGAGCGGCGCCCACAGAGACUGUGUAAAGCGUCUGCUGCAACAGCUGUGGCUGAAGCAGCAGCAGCAGCAGCAGCAGCAGCAGCAGCAGCAGCGUCCUAGCUUCAGCCCCCUUUAUUUUAAGAGACUUUUUGCUGCUGCCUUACCGCGUAAUAUAGUUUAUCUCCUUCCCCCACUCUCAGCGCGGCCCUCAGUGCCUGAAGCCCAGCAGCAGCAGCAGCAGCAGCAGCAGCAGCAGCAGCAGCAGCAGCAGCAACAGCGCAAAUGCACACGACUGAACACAGCGGCCUGCUUGGGGGCCCCUCGAGGGGCCCCCCUGGGGCCCACAUGGGUAUCCAAGGGGGCCCCCAUGCCCGCCCCGAAGGGGGCCCUUUUUGGGGGCCCCCGCUGA